AUGUCCCAUGGCCCCUGCAAGGGCGGCGGCGGCGGCGGGCAGGGCACCCCUCCCCCGUGGCGCGGCGGCGGCUCCCAGGGCUGGCAGCGGCAGGACUGGAGCUACUACGACUACGGAGGCGCCCAGUGGUCUGGCGGCAAGGGCUACGGCACGGCUGGCAGGAGCGACUGCUGGAAGUGCGUGGCAUGCGGAUGCGGCAAGACCACCGUCUGGGCGACUCACUGCAAGCACUGCGGAGAGUGGUCUGCCCUCCCGCCUGGACCUCAGCUUGGCGGCGCAGCGCAAGGCACAGGCAGCGGCAGCCGAGGGCAGGAUGUUCCUUUGGACGCAAAGGAGCUCCAGAUGCUGGUUGCACUGUCGCGCCGCGCAGGUGACCAAGCCACAGCUGCCAAGUACCAGGGCCAGCUGGACUCCAUGGCUGCGGCCGCAAAGCCGCCGCCAAAGGCCCUGCAGGACCAGGUCAGCGACCUGCAUCACCGCAUCAAGAAGCUCGACGGCAGGCUCGAGGCCGAACUGGCGAAGCUGGCGAGAUGGCAGGAUGGCAUCAGGGCUCAGGAGAUACUCAUCCAUGAUUUGUCGAAGCAGUCUGAGGCCAUGGCCACAGAACAUCGGCAACUGGUUGCACAACUACACAGUGCAGUGGUUCCUCCCUCGGCCGACACCGAGCCCACGCCUGGGCCCACCUUGUCACUUCGAGACCUCGUGGACGGGCGAGUCUCCAACAUCGUCAUCGACGACGGGGGCCUCUUCUCAGUCGAUGCUGACGGCAUUGAGGACUCAGAUCUACAAGAGGUGGAACGGCGUCGGGCUGAUUUCAAGGAGCAUAUCGGCAAGGCAGCCAAGGCCCUCUUCGCCGAAGCGAUGGAGCGCGCGGCAGUCGCCAAAGCCGAGCACGACGGGCACCUCAAGCGCAUGGCCACCAAGCGCAGGAAGGGCUGCGAUGGAGCCGUGUCGGCUGGAGGCGGAAUUCGUGGAGGGGGCGCUGAAGCAGCUGAGUCACCUGCUGGAGGCGCCUGUGGCAGCGGCGACGCGACGACCAGCGACGUCAGCCAGCCCGCCGCCCAAGUCAGCCGAGUUCGCGAACAGGUGGCACGCGUUGCUGAGCGAGUUCAGCAGCAGCAGGCGGCGCCUGAGAGCAGCGGCACGGGUGAGCGGCACAGUGAGCAGCACAACCAGAGCCCCCCUGACGGUCAGCAGCAGGCCUGA